AAAAGUACCGGAGCCGAUUCCCCCGCACAACUGCUAAAGCUCCCGAGACCCGAGCGUGUGCGGCGGCGGCGGCGGGAGCGGCGGGAGCCGGAGCGGGAGCCGCCAGCUCCGGGACCACCGCGGCGGGGGCGGCCGGCGCGCGGGCGGGGGCGCAGACCCGGGUCGGAGCGGUGCGUGCGUGCGGGCGCGCGGGGGUCCUGCACCGCGGCGUCCCGCACGGUAACCCCGGAGGGCCGCGUCGCCCGCCCGCCCGCCCGCCCGCCCGCCCGCCGCGCUCCUGGAAGGGGCGGCCGCCUCCAGGUGACCCGGACGGGACUCGCUUGCGCUUUCCAGAUGCAUCAGCGAUACUUCUGGACCGAGCCGGGCCCCGCGGCGCUCGGCGGGCCCCUGGUGGCGGACGGCGAGGGCGGCUUCUUCGCCAUGGCCGAGGACGCCCCGGCGGGCGGCGGCGGCGGCGACCCCCGCGCGCCCUGCACGGUGCUGAGCUGGGAGCAGGUGCGGCGGCUCGACGGCAUCCUGAGCGAGACGAUCCCGAUCCACGGGCGCGGCAACUUCCCCACGCUGGAGCUGCAGCCCAGCCUCAUCGUGAAGGUGGUGCGGCGGCGCCUGGCCGAGCGGCGCAUCGGGGUCCGCGACGUGCGCCUCAACGGCUCGGCCGCCAGCCACGUCCUGCACCAGGACAGCGGCCUGGGCUACAAGGACCUGGACCUCAUCUUCUGCGCCGACCUGCGCGGCGAGGCCGAGUUCCAGACGGUCAAGGACGCCGUGCUCGACUGCCUGCUGGACUUCCUGCCCGAGGGCGUCAACAAGGAGAAGAUCACGCCGCUCACGCUCAAGGAGGCUUAUGUACAGAAAAUGGUUAAAGUGUGCAAUGACUCUGACCGGUGGAGUCUCAUCUCCCUUUCAAACAACAGUGGCAAGAACGUGGAACUGAAAUUUGUGGAUUCGCUGCGGAGGCAGUUUGAAUUCAGUGUAGAUUCCUUUCAAAUCAAGUUAGACUCUCUCCUGCUCUUUUACGAAUGCUCAGAGAAUCCCAUGACGGAGACAUUCCACCCCACCAUCAUUGGCGAGAGCGUCUAUGGUGAUUUCCAGGAGGCCUUUGAUCACCUUUGUAACAAAAUCAUCGCCACCAGAAAUCCGGAGGAGAUUCGAGGGGGGGGCCUGCUUAAGUACUGCAACCUCUUAGUGAGGGGCUUCCGGCCCGCCUCUGAGGAGAUCAAGACCCUCCAGAGGUACAUGUGCUCCAGGUUUUUCAUCGACUUCUCAGAUAUCGGGGAGCAGCAAAGGAAACUGGAGUCCUAUCUGCAGAAUCACUUUGUGGGGUUGGAAGACCGCAAGUACGAGUAUUUGAUGACCCUUCAUGGAGUGGUGAAUGAGAGUACCGUGUGUCUGAUGGGGCAUGAAAGAAGACAGACUUUGAACCUCAUCACCAUGCUGGCCAUCCGGGUGCUGGCUGACCAGAAUGUCAUCCCUAACGUGGCGAAUGUCACUUGCUAUUACCAGCCAGCCCCCUACGUAGCUGAUGCUAACUUCAGCAAUUACUACAUUGCCCAGGUCCAGCCAGUAUUCACAUGUCAGCAACAGACCUACUCCACAUGGCUUCCCUGCAAUUAAGAGUCAUUCCAAGAUAUCAGACGAGAUGGGGGUGGGAAAGAAGGGGAAAAAAAAAAACAACACCAAACAUAAGGGAGUGACUGGUCCCUAAUUAGGGAUGUGCUUUUUGUACAAUGAUCCGCUCCUGAUUUUAAGCUAGACAACGGAAUCUUUUCUUUGGUAUGAGAGCAUGAUCCCAAACCGAUCACUCUCCUUACCUGCCCCCCCUCCCCAUUCUUCCGCCCAGUUGGAUUCUAUCUUGAAACAAGGGAGACCUGCCACUAGAAGCAACCAGGUUCUCCGAAGAUAACGAGGUGGAAUAAUGGUUGAUGACAAUAUGGGUUUGUAGCAAUCGCUUCCCAUAGCUUUGCCAAAGUGGGGGGGACUGGUAGAGAAGCUUUCUAAGGUGGAAUUCGCAGAGGGAUGACAUAGAGGGAAUAACAAAAUGUCUCUCCUCACCUCGUUUUACCAGUUCAGGAGUUCAGAUAGUAACAGUCUAGGAAGAAGAGGAACUCCAAGGCUGGGAUGGCUUCUGAGACUCCCUAGCAAGUGCUCUCUGUGGAGUAGUCCUCAUUCGGCUUGAACUCGGGAUGAGCAGGAGUGCAGCAGGUUGGUGCCCUUCUUGUAACAAGCUGCAGAAGUGAGGAUGCUGACACAAUCCAUUCAUUCCAGCUGCGUGCAUAGCUCACAUUUUUUAAAAUGUGGAAAUGCAAGCAGAAGCAGCUGUAGCAAAGAAAAUAUGCUCCAGGACCAAAGAUUUCACAGAUUAAAAAUUCCCAAGUACAAGAGACGUAGAAUAUAUAUAUAUAUAUACAUAUAUAUAUAAAGAGUCACUAUAUUUGUUACACACCAGUAUACAUCAAAGUGCCUGUUGCUUUCUGAAAAUUUGAAGUGGAAAAAUUAUUUUAUGGCUUAAUGAUUAUUUUAUCAGGGACUCAAGAAGAAAAUAAAACAACAUAGAAGCUUGUGAAUGGUGGAGGAAAUGCCCUAUUUUUUUUCCUUGGCAAAUAUGUGUAUAAAGUUGAUAUUGUCAGUGUGAUAUUGUCCUAGGUACGUGUGUGUAUUAUGUGUAUGUGUGCAUAUGAUAAUGUAUCUGUGUACACAUACUACCUUGGCUACGACCUAAAAUAAUAUGUCAAGUAGGAAGUAUUUAAAUACUGUGUGCUUUUGUGUAUCCGGUAGGAUGGCAUGAGUGGGCAUAUUGCAAUGAUGAAUUUGAACCUGCGUCUAAAAAAUGAAGGAGGGAAACAAGUAAUAUAUUUAUAGGAAAAGCAGAGAUUAUAAUUUUUAGUGAGUUUUUUUUGUCUUUUUUUUUCUGUGAGCCAGAGAGAAUUCCAUAAUGAAUAUUUGUUUGGUAGAGCACUCUUAUAUUGAUAGCAUUUUGACAGCUUGAAACCAUUAAAGGAAACUAAGUGCGUACUUCCAAGGUAUGCAUUGUCAUGGACCAUGGAGAUGAUAGGCUACUUAAAUCCCUAAAUCCCUGACUGCUAACAAGAAUUUCUGGUGAUCUGAACACUACUUAUUAGUAUUUAAAUGAGUUUAUAAUUGAAUGCACUCUGCAUUUCUGGACCACUAGAAUUUAGUAAAUGUGAAAUGACCCUUUUUAAAGAGUAUUUGCACAAUUGCAUAAAGUUUAUAUUGUGAGAUAUAUAUUAUAUAUGAUGUUUUAUAAAUUUAUGCCAGUAUGAAACAUCUUUGAUGAGGAUGUCACACCGCAUUUAAAUAUUUCAGUACUGUACUUUAAAUUAAAUCACCUUGCAUUAAACCAAACCCAACUUUGUCAUCCCUUUGGCAAGAGACCACAGAUACUUCAGUGAAACGGGCUGAUGGCAGCCCUCUUUCAGUUCCAGCUCUUCCCUCAGCCCUCCACAAUACCGGUCUCUGGAAAUGAUGUUUGUUAAAACGAACGAGCACUCAUCCAAACGCUCCCUUGGUGUCGUGACACCACCGUAGAAUCGCCACCCGCCCCUGGGGGGACCACUGCUAGCUCCUCAUUCCCCCGAAGGCCCUCCCGGAAGACUCUGGUCGUCAGAUGGAGAGGCCGCAGGGAAGGGACUGGCGUCCUCCCGUGGGCCGUGUGCGGUGGGGGUUCAUUAGUUGUCUGGGCGUCCCUUUGGGGGUUCAGGGCCGGUUAGCCCAGGUUGUUUGUCCGAACUGCCUUGUGUGCAUCUCUGAAGCCUUAACUGGAACCCGAUGGGUUGGCUGCCGCGGCCCCCCCUGUGAAUUCCCUGGGAUCCAUCCUAGCCACCUGCACUGCCACUCACUUUUUGGGGGGAGCCCUUCCUACUCCCAAACCUGCUCGGUCUCCCUCCCUGGCUCAGUCUCCUGGGUUGAAGUCGUAACCACAGAACUCCCAGGAAACACGAUUCGGCUUGUAGACCCAUCCUGAUAAACGCUCACCUGUCAGGAGGUUUUCCAAGAGAAGACGAAGGGAUGCCGGUGGCCAGAGGGGGCGCUGCUGAGGCCGCCCCGGCUUUCUCUUCCCUCUCGUGGACAGGUGGCCCGCCUCGGGCUCCCUCUAGCAUCCACCUGCUGUUCAUUUAGGACGCAGGUUUCAUGUUCCUUGGGUGGAAGGAGCCUUAUUUGCAAAUGUAACUUUUCAUUUAUUUUCUCCAAUAUUUAUGUUCUCUUCUUGCUGACUUCAGGGCUGGUAGCUUAGUUGGAAGUGCCAGGCACCUAGCAUUCAGCUAGAACAGGCUUUCCUGGAGACAGUUUCCCAUAUGUGCUUUAAGACUUACGUAAUUUAUUUCUAUUUUAUAUGUACUAUAGUCUUUGUGCAUAUGUAGUUGAACACACAGUGGGAUAUAUAUCUCUCUUUGUGGAUGUGUGGCCUAAAAUCAUUUGAAUGUCUGGCGAAGAGAGAGCGGUAUGUAUAGGUCAGGAAAAAAAAAAAAAGAAGCCAGAAGAGCUCUCAACUGAUUAGUGCCUGUGAUUUUGUUUGCCUUUGUGUUUAUCUGGCCUAGCAUGCUGUUACUUUGAAACAGAAGGAAGUUUUGUCUUCUGGAGGCAUUUCUCGCCUGCCCAGUCCGGCGUGUCAGAGAACCUUCAGCCUGUGGCAGUGUCCUUCAAAAAAGUUUACUUCAUCUGUAGGAAUUUCCAACUGCCUCAAGAACUCUUUGAACACCAAAAUGGACUUUUCUCUUCCAGAAAUGGGAUCAGAUACCUGCUGGGUUUGAUAUUGGGCGGACUGUUUUUCACAUGGGUCCAAAACAAAGAAUACCAGGACGGCAGACUGUCUGUCAUCCAAGCCCAGAAGGAAACAGUGGAAAGUGAACGUAUGGUUUUUACCACCCCUUUCUGUUGUACUUAUUGUUGGUUAUUUUAUUGUGCAUAAAGUCAUUUUCGAUGCAAUGCUGUUAAAUAAAUAUUGUGAACUCUUUUGUAAGUGAAAUGUGUUAUGUUGAAGGCUGUCAACAGCUGUCAAAAAUAAGCUUUUUUGUUGUUAUUGUUGUUGAAAACAAACAAAAAAAACGUGUUAGAUGAAACCAAAAAGCCAAAAAAGUGAUUUCCUAUAUAGCACCUGUUUGAAUAUAAUCUUUCUUUCCAAUUUCUUUGUCACGUGGCCUCUCAGUGCUGCGAGGCAAUCUCUGUGUUAAUCUUUUGUUAUCGUACCGGCUUGCUAAGGAAGUAAGUGGUAAAAGUGCAAGGCGGGAAGCCGUGGGACUCACUUGGAGAGAGGCGCGCCUGUGUCUGGCCUGGGCGGGAGGGGACUCGGGCCUGCUGGCUGUAGCUCCUCCUGCCUGUCCAUAGCCACCCCUGUCCAGAAUCACAGCCCUGUCGUGGGGUCGGACUGUGGCAUGUCACAGGCGCAAGAAUGGACGGAAGAUGGACUCUUAGAGAAAAACAGCUGGCAUGUUUGAAUCAGUGGCUCGAGGGAACAGAUUGUGAAUUUUGUUUACAGAAUCCAAUAUUUGGAUCUCUUUUUUUUUUGUUUUGUAAAUAAAAAGAAGUUAUUUUUUUCUAUUGA